CGUCGCCGUCCCCCUUCCUUACUCACCUCCAGCAAAGAGGAGCGGCAAUGGCCAUGGCCAGCCCCGCCUUCCUCCUUCCAGCGCUGUUCCCCAAGCCCAAUUUCAUCGCCACACCUCUCCACCCCAGUCUCCCACGAGCCCGCCAACUCCGCUGCUCGCCCAACGGCGCCGCCGUGCCGGAAUCCCCUAAACCCGCCUCUCGCCGCAGUCGGAAGAAGUCUUCGUCCCCGUCCCCGUCGGCGCCGAAGGCGAAGACCACGAGGCGGAGAACCAAGAAGGAGAGCCAGGAUUCCGACUCGGAGAGUGAGGAGGAGCCGGCGAAGCGGGCCAGCCGCCGGACAAGGAAGUCCAAGAAAGAGCAGGAGGAGGUUGUGGCCCAGACGGCGAGCGACGGGACGGAGGAGACGAUUCAAGGGUCCGAGGAGGAGGAUGGGUUGGAGGUGGUGAGCGACUACGACGACGGGGAGGAUUUCGCCAACGACUGGCCGCCGCUGGUGUGCUGCUUCGGCGCGCCGCGGUGGGAGUUCGUGCCCACGGUUCGGGUGUCGGACCGGCAGAUGCACCCCGACCAGUACUCCACGUGGCGGCACCUGCAGUGGGAGCCGCCGGAGUUCGCGCGCGCGCCGGGCAGCUCGGCGAGCAACGUGGCCAUCGCGCUCACCCGGCUUGGCGGGCGCGGCGCGGUGCUGGGCAAGGUCGGCGACGACGACUUCGGGCGCGAGCUUGUGUACCGCAUGAACUGCGAGCGGGUGCAGACACGCGCCAUCAAGUUCGACGGCAAAACGGCCACGGCCACGGCGCGCAUGAAGGUGAGCUUCCGGGACCGGGAGGACGGCAAGGGCGGCACCAAACUUGUGGCCGAGACGGUGAAGAGCGCUGCCGAGGACUCCCUCCGCAAGACUGAGAUCAAAGUCGAUGUGUUGAAAGAGGCCAGAAUGUUCCAUUUCAAUUCAGAAGUCCUGUUAAAUCCAUCAAUGCAUGAUACACUCUUCAGAGCCAUUGAAUUGUCCAAGAAAUUUGGAAGUAAAAUAUUCUUUGAUCUGAAUUUGCCAUUGCCAUUGUGGACUUCAAGGGAUAAGACAAAGGAGGUGAUAAACAGGGCAUGGAAAGAGGCUGAUAUCAUAGAGGUGUCAAGGGAUGAGCUAGAAUUCCUCCUUGAUCAUGAGUAUUAUGAAUACAAGAGAAACACCCCACCUCAGUAUUAUCUGGAAGGAUUUCAUUUUACAAGAAACUGGCCACAGUACUACCACUACAGCCCUGAAGAGAUUGCUCCCAUUUGGCAUGAUGGAAUUAAGAUCUUGCUUGUGACCUAUGGGACACUUCGGAUCCACUACUACACGCCCAAGUUUCAUGGCUGUGUGGUUGGGACAGAGGACGCACUCAUAACUCCAUACACCACUGACCGAACAGGUUCUGGUGAUGCUGUUGUUGCUGCUGUGAUUAGGAAGUUAACGACUUGUCCUGAGAUGUACGAGGACCAGGAUACAUUGGAGAGGCAACUAAGAUUUGCUGUUGCUGCUGGAAUCAUAUCACAGUGGACAAUUGGUGCUGUGCGAGGAUUUCCCACUGAGAGUGCUACCCAGAACUUGAAGGAACAAGUCUAUGUGCCUUCGAUGUGGUGAAAUGAGAGCUACAGGCGCAAUUCAUAUGCACCAAUUGCUCAGGUCUAUGGUUGCUUUAGUUAGGCGGCAGACAGGCAGGCAUUCAUGCUUCCAAUCAACGAGAAACUCUUUUAUGCCUUUGUUCUAGUCAUGGUAGCACACUUGCACAAUUGUAGCACUAAGUGGGGGGAUAGGAUGGAUGGAUUGAUGCAAACUCUGACUUUAUGUCCAUUUGUUUGUUCGCAUUCUCUCUUUAUUUCUUCCUUUCCGAAGACUCAUGUAGAAUUUUGGAGGCUUAUAGAUUAGAUAGCGUUAGGAACUGUCAAAAUUUUGUUCACGCUCGGUAUUCUGAUCAUCCCUGGAUAUAUGCGUCUUGACUCGCAAAAGGCAAGUUGGCUGCAGUCUCAUGUAACUGUCAUCACUGUACCUUGCCAGCUUGGUUAUCAUCUGAUUGUUCUGCCAAGACCUCCGCUAUACGUACAAUUCAUUUGUACACCUGUAUUUACAACAACUCAUUUGUAAAACAUUAAAACAACCUUGCAACCAGGGCCCGAAAUCUCCAGAA